UCGGCGGGGAGCGUGUUGGGCCGCAUUGGUCUGACUCCCUGGCGCCGCGCAGCACGGAGAGUGAGAGUGGCGUGAGGAGAGAGCCGGACAGGUGGUGUGGCUACUUACCUCUCACGCACGCCACCACUUACCUGUGGGGGAAACAAGGACGUUAUCAGUUUUUACGUUUUUUCCCUUCAAUAGUGGAAAGAUGAAAAGUUUGGGAGCAAGCGGAAAACUGGUAGACUUUGAGUAAAAGAGAGAGAUAGAAGGGGCGAGAUAGCAAGUUCAGGUUGAUUAAUUGAUUGUGCGAAAGAACUUAUAAAAGAGUUAAAUAUUCUUCAUUGGAGUAUUAAGAGAGAUAUGAAGUAAGAGGAAUCGCAGUGCAGUGAAGUGUAUUGUAGUGUCAACACAGCAACACACAAGACAGCACAACACAACAAACAUCAACACACAGGACAAGACAACACACCACAACACCUCAGAACAAAACAGAACGGGACAGGGCAUCAUCAUCGCCAUCAUUAUCACAUCUACAUCAACAACAACUUGCGAACAAACACCAUCAUCACCAUCGAAAUCACCAUCAAUACCAGACGCGAGAACCAGAAAGAGAGGAAAGAAAAAGAAAAGACUCUGAAACCGAGAAUAAAGAUGGACAACUGAUAGUAUAGGAAAACACUGACAUAUACUGAAACUCCCCCCCAGAAAAUAAAGGAAACAAACAAACAACAACGAUAAGAUUAGCGACAAAAAAAGGACACCUCUCCUCCCGAAAUUAACCUCUGAUUUUGGACACUCCUUUAACCUCUGUUCGGGAGCAGUGAGUAGCGGGCCUUUUUUUCUUUUUUUUUCUUUGCGCCCUUGAGCUGUCUCCUUAGCUGUAAAAAAAAAAAAAAAAAAAAAAAAACACCACCACCACCACCGAAACGGACAUUCACGCCCUUGACACAUUCAACAGAGUCGCCAUGUGGUCAGACAACGCCCACAGCGAGGGAUUCCACCACGCCCAUCCCUUCCCUCACGCCCCCGCCCUCGACAAGCUUUGUUUGCACUCAAGGCUGGGUUGCGUGCUAGCGGGCGGCAUCAGGCGGGCCAGUUCCAAGGGAGAGUCGGGACCUUCCUUCCUCGCCCAGUUCCAAGACCCGCCCCCCGCCCCCUCAGCCACGGAGAUCUCUGCCGAGGCCGCCGUCUUCGUGGCCGUCAUCGUGGUGUUCUAUGCGGCUAUCAUCGUCAUCCUUCUGGGCACCAACAUGCGGAGACCUCGAUCUGCACUGGUUCGGUCCCGCUCUCGAUCUCGUUCCCGCUCUCGCUCUCGCUCCCGCUCCAGGCACCGACAUGAGGCAGUGCUGGACCCAGAGAACGGCAACGUGUCCACCAAGCAGACGAGGAAGAAGAAGAGGGACUUGGAGUACAGCGGCGAGCGGGUGGAGAACGUGUAGUGCUGUGGUGGUGUAGUGCGGGCAGUGAAGUGAGGGGAAGUACAUGUAUGGUGGUGUUGGUGUGGUGUGGCGUGGCCCAGAUAGGUUUUAAGAAGUAAUUUUGUCAUUAUUAUUCUAAGUGAUGGAUAAUUAUAAGUGUUUGGGUGUAAGUAUGCUGGUAGUUAUGCCUUUUGUCACUUAUUUUUGUUAUCUUUAUUUAUUGUUUUUAUUUGUUUUCCUUGUGGAUUGUGUUAGUGUCCGUGUUCCAGUGUUUUCUUUCAAGCCUUCUACUAUUAUAUUUUAGUCUUUGCAGCCA